ACUACGUGGUAGGCGGAAACAGUGGGAAGGGCGGCUGAGAUAUCGCGAUGUUUGGGGCCGCCCGAGAAGCGUCAGGCUUGGGUGAGGAACCUAAGGGGAUUCGGAGGCUGUGUCCUUUCCGCCCGGCGGUAGGGAGACGCUGCGAACUUCGCUGUCAGUCCGCGACUGUUUGUGCGUGACCUUCCUUUGGCCCGCUCGCGCGCGUAUGAAGAGACAGGUCCAGGGAGGGAAGUACUGUGGGCCAAGGUCACACAUCAGCUCAGGAGCACAACGAUGGAUGGGGUCCAGGGCUCCUGAUGUACCAGCUGGGCUUCUGUGCCAGUGUCCUGUGCCUCACGCCCACCCUGCUUCAGAAGAUUUUAAGUCCUGACAGAGCCUUGUGGAGGCCCGUCCUGGCAGGCUCCUGAGAUUCGAAGCCAUUAGACCCCACAUGGAAUCCAGUGCCUCGUGUCCAGCUGCUGCACCCUUGGUGAAGAAACAGUUCCGUGUUCUCGUUGGUGUCACUGGGAGCGUUGCAGCCCUGAAAUUGCCUCUUCUGGUGUCUAGGCUUUUGGACAUUCCUGGCCUGGAAGUAGCAGUGGUCACAACUGAGAGAGCCAAACAUUUCUACAGCCCCCAGGACAUUCCUGUCCCUCUCUACAGCGAUGCUGAUGAAUGGGAGAUGUGGAAGUGCCGAUCCGACCCUGUUCUCCACAUUGACCUGCGGAGGUGGGCCGACCUCAUGCUGGUGGCUCCUCUUGAUGCCAACACCCUGGGGAAGGUGGCCAGUGGCAUAUGUGACAACUUGCUUACCUGUGUCAUCCGAGCCUGGGACUGCCGCAAACCCCUGCUCUUCUGCCCGGCGAUGAACACCGUCAUGUGGGAGCAUCCGAUCACUGCUCAGCAGCUGGGCCAGCUCAAGGCCUUCGGCUAUGUUGAGAUACCUUGUGUGGCCAAGAAGUUGGUGUGUGGAGACCAAGGUCUGGGGGCCAUGGCCGAGGUGGGCACCAUUGUGGACAAAGUGAAAGAAGUCCUCUUCCAGCAUUGUGGCUCUCAGCAGAGUUGAACCCAGGAUUUCUGUCAUGUGUAUCGCUCUGCACUCAGCGUAUUUUCAGGCCAAGUUUAUGAAGAAGGUGGACGUUGGCAUAAUAUGGUGAAGACUCCUGUGUUUACUGGGGGGUCUGGCCUGGCCCUGCUCCAGAGCCUCCCUGGGGCCUGACUGGCCUCAGGUUCAAUGAGACCAAAGGCCCAGGCCCCAACUUCUUUCCAGCUGAGAGAUGCCUGCUUUCCAAGACCCUCCUUACCUUUCCCUGGGAUUGGCACAGCAGGCUACUGUAUGUCCCUGUACUCUGGGAGGGGGACUGAGGGAUGACAGAGAAACUGUGAUUCUCCCUGGUGCCUGGGAGCCGCUUCAGCUCCUUGGUGGGCUGCCCGGGCACCGUGCAGUCAGGGCAGCCUGUGAUUGGCAAGACACUGAGAUUCUCCAUAAACCAUGCGGUGAGAUUGGUGGGGCAAGGGAGUUGCCAACUGGGGAAUAAAGAGUGACCUUUAGGA